AUGCAUAUGUCACUCCCUCAGAAAUUCCCCCCGCCGGUAACAGCAAGGAGACCGCCAAUAAGCCGACUACGAAAUAUUAUUACAGUAGCAGCAGCGACAUUCUUUGUUCUUGUUUUCUUUCUCGCAAUAAAAAUUUAUUUGCCGGGUGCGCCGGAUUUCGUGGCUACCGAAAACUCGUCUAUCCCCACCACCGCAGCCGUCGUCCCUAAACCACCACAAAAGAACCUCGAACCCAUUAAUGAAGAGAAGCCUAUUCCUUCUUCAAUCUCUAAUGUAUUCAACCCGCCGACACCUAUCACCGAAAGACUCAGCAUCAAUGACGGUGAUAGCUUAAUCCUCACCGGCGUCAAAAACAUCACAGAAUGGCGCUCCGUCGGUCGGCCGCCCGCUCGCAAGGACUGCUGGUCCUACACAGCCCGUUUCAAACCUUAUGCCUCCCCAUCACAAGAAGUUCUAGAUCUUAUCUCCAAUAAUAACAAACCAACCAACAAUCGUGCCUUCAUCGUUCGUCUCUCAACCGGUCACCCUUGGAAAAAAGAAUUCAAUCUUCACGCUCGCGCUGUAGUUCUCGAAGCAGGAUUGGUAAACUACGAUGUCUUUUUCCUCGUCCAUACCGAUCUAUCUUCUUCCGAGCGUACGAAAUGGAUAAAAGACCAUGUACCAGCGGAAUUUCGAAACCUUACGCAAACCUUCUCUACUAAAGACGUGAAAAACUGGUUGAACGGUACCGCGCCAUUCAAAAAUAUCAUGGAAAAUAAUCAUCUCGCACUACAAAUGUUCGUUACGAAUAACAAACAAUAUGACUUCAUCUACUCAAUAGAAUCAGAUGUUCGUUUGAUCGGUCGCUGGGAUCAGUUCCUCACUGACGUCGACGAAGAAUACAAAUCCCAUCGAGAACGCCAGGGGCCCGACCAAGACAUGCCAGAAACACCUGAUUUAGUAACCUUUGAAGCUCUCAAACGACCUAGCGACAAAUGGUUAUGGCUUGAUGAUAAAUGUCUCAAGGAUUUUGGAGGACACGAGGAUUUACGUACUUCCAUCGGGCCGAUGUGGGGUUGGUCAAGACGGCUGAUUGAGAAAAUGAAUGAGUAUAACGCAAAUGGCGUGGAUUGCUAUUACGAAUACUUCGCUCCAACGAUAGCUUACAAGGAGGAUUUGACGACGUUCUUUUAUCAACAUCCGUUGUAUUGUUCGAGGAAAACUCCGUCAGGAAGACAUUCAUUGAAGCUUGAAGAGCUGGGGAAGAACGAUCCUAGGACUGUGCAGUAUGAGAAAGCUGCUACUGGAUGCACUUAUUUCUUUGUAAAUCCGCAUUCACAGCCGUUUUGGGACGAGUGGUACAAAGCGAGGAAGAAUCCCGAUUCAUGCUGGCCGACGGCUUUGGUACAUCCCAUCAAGGGGGAGUUCUUCAAUUAG